CCCAUCUGUCGUCCAGCAGCAUCAACUCAAGUCGCCUCAGGUUCUGCUCACGUGCAGGCAGGCGGGCGCGCAAGCGGCUCGACUCCACCACCGAAGCACUUGGCACCCGCAUCUCGGCCACCAGUGACCGUCUGGGAAUAAACACCAUGCGCGUCCUACUUUUAUUCGCUGUUGCUUUUGUCGGUUUUUGCGAAAUCACACAUGUAGAUGUAUCAAAUACCACAGCAACAUCAUUGUCUGUUAAUGCAAGCAGUAUACACAUGCCUACAGUUUUAUCCUCCAAUGCUUCUGAAACUACAAAAUUCUCUUCUACUGAAAAAAACGUUGCAGCUACUGAAAGCACAGAAACCACAGCAACCACAGCCAGUUCAACUUCCCCAACUUCUUUGGGGUCAUCCAGAACAACACCUCAGUCUUCAACUAGUACAAAGACUUCAGGGACUUCUGUUUCGAAUUAUUCUACAGAAAGUAGUAUAUCAUACACAUCUUUAAAUACUACGUUUGUGGUUUCCACGUCUUUGUCAACAUCAACGUCAACGUCAACCUUAAUGUCAACGUCAGAAGUAAUAGAAAACUCAACCAAAUACUCUUCUACCCCUGAAUAUGCAACACAUUCUACAAGGCAGUACACAACUGCAAGCACUGUAAUGAACACCACCCCUACUACUAGUAAUACUAUGACUACAAGCAGUACAAGCAUAUCUUCAGAAAAUAAAUAUAAGACUGACAGUGGAAUAGAGUGUUUUAAAGAAGAAAUGUCGAGGGAAAAUCGGUCUGGUAUUACUCUGAAAUCAACAGGCUCAUCAAAUUGUGAAGAUUUCAGGCUUUCAGAGACUGCACAUAAUCUGACCCGGGAUCUUUGCAGUAAGCUGAAUGGUGGUAAUUCGUGUCCCUGUACGCUGAGGCUCAAAGAGAAAAGUGAUCAACCUAAUGAACUCAUUGUCUUGGGAGUUGUUACUUGCAUUCGCAUUGAAGAUCUGAAAGAAAGGUUUCAACAGAUAGACAGUUCUAUAACAGGAAUAAACAUCACUGUGGCUCAGCUGAAAAAGGAUGAUGGUAACAAACCUGUUAAUCAAACAUUGAUAGCCAUUCUCACUUCAGUUGGUGUGCUUCUGCUUUUACUGUUGGGCAUCAUUUCGUGUACAUGUUACCAAAGAAGGAAUUUUGGAAAAAAACGGCACCAUCUUACGGAGGAAAUGCAGACAGUUGAAAAUGGUUACCAUGAUAACCCGACAUUGGAGGUGAUGGAAGUUCAACCAGAGAUGCAGGAGAAAAAGGCCAACUUGAACUGUGAAUUCAAUGACAGCUGGAUUGUGCCAAUUGAUAACUUCACUAAGGAGGACCUGGACGAAGAAGACACCCAUCUGUAGAGCAGAAAGGCCCAGAGACUAAAACUAAAUAAGCAGGAAGAAAAAUGUGGAAGUCUUACAGUGAACUUGUGUAAGCCAAGUGCUUGUGCUCACUAGAAUUUAGGAUUAUUACAAUUAUGGCAUUUUUUUUUUUUUUUUUUAUCUUUUUCCUUUUACAAGAAUUGUUAUAAUUAAAAAGGAUCCAGUCUCCAUAGUAUUUGAUGAUAGUUUAUGGAAUGUGCGGCUCAGGAAAACAACUUGCUACAAUUAUCGUUAACGUCUUGUGACAUAUAAAGACACAUAUCUCACUUUUUAAAUGUAAAUAGUGUGUUACAACUAGACUGGCGGAGCCUGAACCACGUGACCAAAACCAAACCUACCGACAGCACACGAGUAGUGUGGCCCUGUGGUCAGUUAGAAGACUCUCAUCCCAGUGCCUGAACAUGACGACUUACAACUGGUACACGCAGACCUGCCCAGUUAUGUAUGGCAUUACCUGCUAAAUCGGCGGCCUUUAAAGUAUGCCUAAGCACUGGAUUGUGAUACACAACAAGUCGUUCCGAGAUGUACAUUUGGCAAAGAACUCAGGAAGAGCAAAUGUAGAAUUGUAAUAAGCAGCUGGAAACUCCUGCCUAUUUCAUAUUCUUACAGAAGCUGUUAUUUGUCAAUUAAAGCACAAUGUUUGUGAUUACUAUAAGAUAAAUCCAUUUAGUUUUGUAACAAACAGCUUAGCAUUACAUUUAAAACAGUUAAACAUUGGGCAAAUUCGUCAAAUCACCUGCAUAAACAUCUUGUCAAAAAUAAGGCGGCCAUUAGCGUUCAAGCUUCAAAAUAAGCAUGCAGCUGCCAUUCAGCAGAAGGCACCCGCAUCCACAAAAUUUCACUGGAGAGCAAAAGGAACAGUUCAGUGAGAGCCUAAAAAAGCCAACGCAGCUUUAUAUGAACACUCAAGUGAAAAGGCAUAAUGGGGGACAGAAAUGUGCAUGUGUAGCAAAAGGCCAGCAACAGAAAACCUUAAGGGACUUGGGGGCGGCGUAACACUUUUUGACAAUUUCAUUUGCAUUCUUUAUUUGUAGCUGUUCACACAAUCACAUCUACACUUUUGCCAAAAAGUUACUUUACACUGUAAACUUAUUUUAUGUAUUAUGUGCACAUAUUUUAAUAUUGCAAAGAUGAUUAGGUGUUUUAUUGUUUACUUUGAAAGUCAUUUAUUGCUUUUAAACUUGGGUAUAUUUGAACUGUCAAUGUUUUUGUUUACUCUUUAUUCAUAAUUGUGUGUCAAACAGCGUCCUCUGUUUAAUGCAGACAACUUCAAGAACUUUGAUCAAAAGUAUAAAUUGGUGAGCUGAGUAUUAAUAUCUGUGCCAUGUAAUCUUUGUAGAGGUGCAUCUGCUUUCGUGUAUCUUAUCUGUUGAUAUCGACUACGUCGUGCUUGAUGUCACGUAGUGUAACGAGCAGGACGUGACUGACUGAACAGGUUUAGGUGUUUUGUAUGUAUAGUCACAGACAUUGAAAAAGUUUCUUUUUAAUAUAAGAAUGUAAACAAGUAGCUAGUUAAUAAUCAUACACAAUAUGCUUGAACCCAACUUCAUUUGAAAGUGGUCAAGUAGAAACUGACAGCCUGGGUGCUUAAGGCUUUUAAAAAAAAUACUUUUGUAAAGAUUUUUUUAUCAUUUGAAAAGGAAUAUUUAUGAAACUUUCCUGAAGAAAUAGAAUACUAGAGAACAGUAGUCUGACACACUGGAAUUUGCAGUAGUUUUUUGAGGUUCUUAAAUGUUUUUCCUUCAUAGCACUUGAGUGAAUAAAAUCAUUUCAAACAGAAAACUUUGCCACUAAGAGCUUUCUAUUUUGGCGAAGGAUGCCGAGGGCACCAACAGACGUGACGUACACACCGACAUGUCUGCAAAAGUGUUGGGCACAAAAAUACUGAGAUGUGCAGUGGGUGAGCCGAGAUGUACCCGAGGUGUCCCACCAUGAAAGAACAGUCAAGUUAAUGGCAAAAAGUUAAUAACAACUGAUACCAAGCAGCCAGUAGCAACAGUGUUUUCAUGUACCUAUACAAUUGUGAUUUCCUAAAAUAUUUCUAUUAAAAAACUGAAUAUUUAAUGAUAGUGGGAAAUGUCACAAAUACGGUUAAUAUUUGUUCAAGUAUUAUGCUUUGACACUGUUUAAAGAAAUAUAUUAAAACUUUUUACCAUAAAGAAA